GCAGCAACAGCAACUACAAUGUCCGCCGUCUUCCACGAGACCAAGGCCUCCGACUUCCCCCCCACCGACCCGAACGCAGAUGCCAACAUCUUCGCCGUCUUUGCGCCUCCUCCUCCGCCAGCGACCGCGCUCGGCGUGAGCCGCAUCCUUGCUCCCACUGCCGGCGUGCGCGUCUCCCCCCUCUGCCUCGGUGCCAUGAGCAUCGGCGACCAGUGGAGCGGGUACAUGGGCGGCAAGGGCCUCGACGUCGAGCAAGGCAAGGCGUACCUCGACGAGUUUGUCGCGCUCGGGGGCAACUUUAUCGACACGGCCAACAACUACCAGAACGAGCAGUCCGAGUUCAUCAUCGGCGAGUGGCUCGCCGAGCGCGGCAUCCGCGACCAGAUCGUCCUCGCGACCAAGUACACCACGCCGUACAAGCUCCGCAACGGCGCCAAGUUCCCCGGCACGCAGGUCAACUACGCCGGCAACCAUCGCAAGUCGCUGCGCGUCAGUGUCGAGGAGUCGCUGCGCAAGCUCAAGACGGACUACAUCGACAUCCUGUACGUCCACUGGUGGGACUACAGCACCAGCAUCGAGGAGGUGAUGCAGGGGCUCAACGACCUCGUGCGCGCCGGCAAGGUUCUCUACCUCGGCAUCUCGGACACGCCGGCGUGGAUCGUGUCCGCGGCCAACGAGUACGCGCGCGCACACGGCCUCUCCCAGUUUGUCGUCUACCAGGGCUUGUGGAGCCUGAACGCGCGCGACCUCGAGCGUGACAUCAUCCCCAUGGCGCGCAAGUACGGCAUGGCCGUCGCGCCGUGGGGCGUGCUUGGCCAGGGCAAGUUCAAGACGCCCGACGAGCUCAAGCAGCGCGCCAAGCUCCGCGGCAACGCACCCCCGACUGAGAGCGAGCUCAAGGUGUCCGCUGCGCUCCUCAAGGUCGCGGAGGAGGUUGGCGACAACGCCUCGCCUGCCGGCGUGGCGCUCGCGUGGGCGCGCGCCAAGGUCCCCAACGUGUACCCUAUUGUUGGUGGCGCGUCGGUCGACCAGCUCAAGGACAAUGCCAAGGCUCUCGAGAUCAAGCUGUCCGACGCCCAGGUCGCGUUCCUCGACGAGUCGUCGCCGUUCAACCCCGGCUUCCCGUUCGCCCAGUUUGGCACCGACCCGCACUACCUCCCCGGCGGCAAGCCCACUGGCUUCCUUCUCAACGCGGUGAGUGGUAACGAUUAG